AUGAGAACUUCAUGGGCAGAUGCUGUUGAAAAUGCAGCAACUGGGUCUUCUGAUAAAGCUGGGACUAGCAGCAACACCGAGCUUCCGCCAGCUCCCACUAAGCCUGCCUAUGUCCCUCCCCACCUGAGGAACAGACCUGCAUCAGACCCGCCAGUUGGUGGGCCGACACCUGGCAACGAUAGGUCUGGCUACAGUGGACCCACAGGCGGGUCGCGAUGGGCAAAUUCCAGAACCGAUUACGGGCGCCAGGGAGGAGGUGGUGGCCGUGGGGGUAGAGGUAGUUGGGGAGGUGGCAGUCGUGAAAGGGAGGUCAACCCUUUCAGCAAUGAUGGCGUGGACUCUGAUGCCGAGCAAGUUUUUAAUGAGCAGGAAAACACGGGAAUUAACUUUGAUGCUUACGAGGAUAUUCCCGUGGAGACUAGUGGGGAUAAUGUGCCACCACCUGUGAAUACGUUUGCUGAGAUUGAUUUAGGGGAGUUGGUUAAUCUGAAUAUCCGUAGGUGCAAAUAUGUGAAACCGACUCCGGUACAGAGGCAUGCAAUACCGAUUUCUCUGGCAGGAAGGGAUUUGAUGGCUUGUGCUCAGACUGGGUCGGGAAAGACUGCUGCUUUCUGCUUCCCAAUUAUCAGUGGGAUUAUGAAGGGUCAUUUGCCUCAGAGGCCUCGUGGGGUUCGUACAGUUUACCCGCUGGCUCUUAUUCUUUCACCGACUCGAGAACUAUCAAUGCAGAUACAUGAUGAAGCUAGAAAGUUCGCCUAUCAAACUGGUGUCAGGGUAGUUGUUGUUUAUGGAGGAACACCUAUAAGGCAGCAGCUUCAUGAACUUGAAAGGGGAGUUGACAUUCUUGUGGCGACUCCUGGAAGAUUGGUUGACUUGCUUGAGAGAGCUAAGGUCUCUUUAGAAAUGAUAAGAUAUUUGGCUCUUGACGAGGCUGAUAGAAUGCUUGAUAUGGGCUUUGAGCCUCAAAUCAGAAAGAUAGUUGAACAGAUGGAUAUGCCACCUCGUGGUGAGAGACAGACUAUGCUGUUUAGCGCCACCUUCCCGAAAGAGAUCCAGCGAAUGGCGUCAGACUUUCUUUCAAAUUACAUAUUUUUGGCAGUCGGAAGGGUAGGUUCCAGUACAGACUUAAUUGUUCAGAGAGUUGAAUAUGUUCAGGACGGUGACAAGAGAAGCUAUUUGAUGGAUCUACUUCAUGCUCAGAGGGCAAAUGGAGCUCAGGGGAAGCAAGCUCUUACUCUAGUGUUUGUGGAGACAAAGAAAGGAGCCGACUCAUUGGAAAAUUGGCUAUACCAAAACGGUUUUCCUGCAACUACUAUCCAUGGCGAUAGAUCCCAACAGGAAAGAGAGCUGGCGUUAAGAUCUUUCAAGAGUGGAAACACGCCUAUACUAGUCGCGACUGACGUGGCGGCCCGCGGGCUCGACAUCCCGCAUGUGGCCCACGUCAUCAACUUCGACCUCCCCAACGACAUAGACGACUAUGUGCACCGCAUAGGACGUACUGGACGAGCUGGCAAGACGGGAUUGGCCACUGCAUUCUUCAAUGAGAACAACAUGUCACUGGCAAAGCCUUUGGCUGAGCUGAUGAAGGAAGCAAAUCAAGAGGUGCCCGACUGGUUGACCCGUUUCGCAAGCCGACCGUCUUACGGAGGAAAGAGCCGGCGUGGAGGUGGCAGAUUUGGCGGCCGUGACUUUAGAAGGGACUCGCCGUUUAGUAGGGGCAGCGGUGGUGGUGGAGACUACUAUGGAGGCGGCGGUUAUGGAGGAGGAUAUACUAAUUCUGGGGCGGGCAGUGCUUGGGACUAA